GCCGAAACAGCCAUGGGCGCAGCCAUUUUUUCAUCAUGUGACCUGGUUUCGAAAACGAGGCAUAGCUUUCUCAUUGGGCAAUUAUUUUUGUUGGUCGUCGUUGAUUGGCUGAAAAUUUAAGUGGCGAGUUUAAACCUCUUUCAUUCAUUUUACAUCGACAUGGCUUCAUCACAGAACGUUGAUCCUGCUAUUGCAGCCACAAUGAACUCACAAAACAAAGGCCAAGACCCGUCAAGAUUAAUCCCAAAAGACAAGGGAAAUGUACGAAAAAGGUUGCAGAGUGAUCUGAAGACGAUGAUGUUUGCUGACCCCAAAGAUGGAGUGUCUGCAUUCCCAGAAGGUGACAAUCUCUUCCGUUGGAUAGCAACAGUGUCAGGUGGACCAGACACCCGAUAUGCAAAUCUUACCUACAAGUUGACAAUUGACUUCCCCAGUGGUUAUCCCUGCGUUGCUCCAACGGUCAAAUUCACAACACCCUGCUUCCACCCAAAUAUCGACCAGCAUGGCAACAUCUGUCUAGAUAUACUCAAGGACCAGUGGACCGCCCUCUAUGAUGUUCGCACAGUACUACUUUCAAUACAGAGUUUAUUAGCUGAGCCAAACAACAACAGUCCAUUAAACGUCGUUGCUGCUGAUCUCUGGGCUAAGCCAUCUGAGUACCAGAAAGUCUUGCUGAAUCACUAUGAGAAGAACAAAGCCUAGUUGAUGAGACGAUGUUCUCGACAGCAAAGGGCAGAGUGGACCUAUGAUUCUUAUUAGUGUGCCCAUGUUUGAAAGAUGAACUUUUACGUGGGAGAGAGACCAUCAAAUUAAGUAGUCGUAUUAUAGUUUUCAACUCCAUGUUCCACUUAUGGUGAAGAAUUCAGAGAGCCAAAACAUGGGACACUUAGGUGCUUCUUGUCUAAUGAAUUAAUUGCAAGUCCAGGGAAUACAGAAGUGCUAUAUUUAUUGUAGUUAUACGAAAUCCCAGAAAACAAAAUAAUGUCGGAAUGUUCUGAUGAAAUGUGAGUUCUUACAGAUGGGGCACUUGUAUGGAUAUGCAAUGUGGAUGUGCAAUAAGUUUGCAUCUCAAAUCAUGUUCUCUGAUCACCCACUCCUGCAGCCAGAUUCUCUUUGCAGUGAAUUUUCAACAUUUGUUUUAAAACAUUUCCCGCUGUAUUAACUCACUAUGUAGGGCCUAUUCCUUAUCAAUCGGUCUGAUGUUCAACUUAACGCACAUACAUGUAUAAGGCCACCAAUUUCAAAUCCUGGUCAAAUUUUGAUGAAUUGAAGAGAUAUUUAUGACUGUGCAACUGCUGUGAAUGUUGGAAAAGGAUGAUUUGAACAGGGUGUGUUUGUGAUGCGUGUCUAAAAUGUCCCAGUCAAAUGUAUUUGAUUUGGUUUGCUGGUGUGUCUUCUUGAUAUCAAGGUCGAUCAUAGAUUAAAUUUUAUAUCAAAACGUGUGACAAAAAUGAAGGGCUUGGUUCCAGUUUUUGAACAGGAUUGUUGCCUUUUCAUUGCAGAUGAGAACUGAAUGGCCCGAUUGUGAUGUGCCUCACUCACUUUAUCUUCCACUUUAGUUCCAAGAUGUCUCAUUUCCUCUUCUGUGAACUUAGUAAUGGAACUGCAACAUCGAGGUUGACUAGUUUAAUGUUUUAUUUCAUUUUUACUGGUUCAUCAAUUAUACUGUGUUUAAGUUGUACAGCAUCUGAUGAUAAAUUAUAUUUUUCACGUGUACAUUUGUAAAGUGAUAUGUGAUUGAAUAAAUACAUAUACAUGUA